AUGGUAAUAGGUGAAAAGGACAAGUUGAACAAUCAACCCAUAUCGCCAUCUAUCCCAUACAGAGAAGCGAUUGGAAGCCUGUUUCGCUUUAACGGAAAGGCAAUGAUGAGUCACUUGCGAAUGGUAAAAAGGAUUUUUCAAUAUCUCAAAGGAACAUCAAAUCAUGGUAUCUUUUUUAACGGAAGCGAUACGUUCGUUGCUUACUCGGAUUCCCACUAUGGUGGAGAUCCUGAGACUAAACACUCAACUACGGGAGUACUUGUGAUGAGAGGAGGACCAAUCGUUUGGUACACACAGAAACAACGUUUGGUAGCAACAUCCACUGCUGAAGCAGAGUACCGAGCAGCCGUGUCUGCAAUUGACGAUGUUUGUUGGAUCAAAAGAAUUUAUCUGGAACUUGAAAUUGUAAAGGAAGAUAAACCCAUCGAAUUACUUAUCGAUAAUCAAACGGCAAUUCAUAUGAUGUACAAUGCUCAUGAAGGUAAACCUACAAAAGGAAAGAAGCAUAUAGAAAUCCCACGGAGGUUCAUUCAAAAACAUGUUGACAAGACCGUCACAUUCAAACAUGUUGAUAGUGGCGCCUUUUUGUUCAAUAAAGAAACCCAAAGAAAACUCAACAUUGUCUGA